AUGGCCUCCACGGAGAGCGGCAGGAUGGUUUUCGUGCCGGUCGAUGCACUGAGAACUGUCGUGCACGGCGUCCGCGAGCAGGCUGCCGAGAAGCAGCGCCUACUCGCCCGGAUCGAGGAGAGUCGCAAGCGUGUGCAGUUGCUGCGCAGCAGGUCGACAGCGGUGGAGUCGAAGCUGCUGGAGCAUCGCCAGAGUGCCGUUGUGCACAGCGGUAAAAUCGUUAUAUCUCCCAAGGGGAUCGGGCCGAAAGGAACUGUCAACCUGCAGGCGAUGACACCUCCAAAUGCUGCAGCAGCAGGAGGAGGAGACCAGGUUUCAGGCGGCAUCCUGACGAUGCAGAAGCGGGUUUCGCAGCUGGAGACGCUCAUGACACUGGCGAAAGAGGUUUCCGCGCAGAGCAGUUUCGAUAGCGUGAUCGAGCGUACGCUGCGAGCCGCACUGCAGUUGGUGCACGCUGACAAGUUCACACUGGGCAUCCUGCACGAGCGUCGAAAUGUCCUGGACAUCUUCUCCAUUUACCGCGACCCUGACGCCGACAUCGACUUAGCGUUCACCAAGGUGAAUGUCAUCAACGAAGGCUUCGUUGUGCCCGACUCCCCCACCGUGUUCGGCCGCGUGGUCAUGACCGGACGGCCCUUUGCGAUCGAUGACUCCGACACGCACACAAUUUUCUUAAGUCAACGGAGCAGGGACAACGUAGACCACGGCGGCGUGGUCACUCCCCAUGCCUUGCUCUGUCUACCUAUCCGCAACGCCCAUCGCGCUGUUGUUGGUGUAUUGCAGGUGGUAUCUGCAAGCAAGGCAUCGUCGUCGAUUGCCUCUGCUUCGAAAGCGACCCCAGCAUCCUUCACCGAUCCAGAUAUCGCCAAUCUGGAGUUCAUUGCUAUCGUUGCCGGCGCAACGAUCUGGAACCUCGUGCUCUCGCGUCAGCGGCAGACUGCCCAGCACCGAAUCGAAGGGCUUCUCAAGCUCCACCGCAACAUUUCAAUGGAGAGCGUGUCUUCCUCUGCAGUGCUGGACCAAGUGCUCGCUGUUUGCCACGAGCUUGUCGGCACUGAGCGCAUUGGUCUGUUCAUAAAGAUUGAGGGCGAGGACGAGCUUUUCAUCGCCAGUGCAGCCGAUAUCGUGCGCGGAGAGUAUGUACCGAUAACGAAAGGCAUUGCUGGGUAUGUCGCUCGCACAGGCGAGACGGUGAUAACGAAUGAUGCGUACUCGCAUCCGCUGUUCGACCCGACGUUGGAUCAGAAGACGGGAUUCCUGACGAAGCGCAUCUUGUGUCUGCCAGUCAAGUCUCCCGAGGGCACGAUCCUGGCAGUGCUCUCUGCAGUCAACAAGGUCGACGGAAUGGACUUUACCAGCGAAGACGCAGUUUUCCUCAACUAUGCCGCUGAAGCGGUGGGUACUUCGCUACACAAAGCGAGCCUUCAUCGCGAGGUCAAGACGUCCCAAAAGCUCAUCGAAGCGCGGCUGAAGCUCACCACGUUCAUAUCUGAAAGUACCGAUAUCGCCGAGUUCGUGGACAUGGUCAUGGAGUUGGGCAAAGAUAUCAUGGAGUGCGACCGCUUUGGUCUGCUGCUUAUCGAUCACUUCAAGCAUGAGCUCUGGAUCACUCCACGAGUGGGUGGUGAGAGCAUCCGCUCUCCGAUUAAUCGUGGGAUUUCUGGACUUGUGGCAACCACGGGUCAAACCGUGUGCACGCGUGACGCCUACAAACACCAGCUCUUCGAUCCGAGCGUUGAUAUGAAGACAGGCUACCGCACUACGAGCGUUCUUUGCAUGCCGGUGUUUGAAGACCACUCGCUCACGGUACCUCCAAAGGUGGUUGCUGUCGCUAUGUGCAUCAACAAGAAGGAGGGCACCCACGUCGUUGCCUUCACUAAGACGGACCGUGAAAUCAUGAGCAAAUACUGCGCGGAGGUGCAAUUUGCGCUUGGGCGGUUGUCUUUGGACAUCUCGUACUACAAAGUUGUGUCAGAUUGCGUGGCUGUCGCUCGAACCAGCAUCGAGUCGAGCUCGAGGGCUCUGAAGCGAAUGUCAACGACCAGCCGCAUCGAUAAAUACUCCGAGACGGACAUCAUUUCGUCCAUCGUACACAAGUACUGUCAUGCCGGGGAUGACACCAGUGGCGUGACGAAGAAGAGAGGAAUCUCCUCCUUCGCAGCGCUCCUACCGGCCAUCAAGAAGAAAAGUCACGAGGAUGACGAGGUUCCGUUUCCACGCGAGAUCAUAUUCGCUCAUGGACGAGAUGAACCGCUGGAUAAAUGGGACACCGAGACGGUAUCGCUUUCGAGCAGCGAAGUAUCAAUGAGUUGUGGCAUUAUUUUCCGCGCGUACGGCUUCAUGGACGCCUUCCGCAUCUCCAGUGAGAAGUUUUCGGCCUUUACAACCAACGUGGCCAACUACUACCGCAGCAACCCGUUCCACAACUUCCAACAUGCGUUCCAGGUUUUGGUGGCGAUGCACAUCAUGUUACGCACCGAGUGUCGUCGGUACUUUAGUGGUCUCGAGAUAUUUGCCAUGCUCGUUGCCUCACUCUGCCACGACAUCGACCAUCCGGGUAACACCAACGACUUCGAGCUCAAGAUGCUAAGCCCUAUGGCGCUCACGCACAAUGAUGACGCCGUGCUGGAGCGCCACCACUGUCGAGUGACCUUCAUCAUCCUCAACCACAAGUCCGCCAAAAUCUUGCAACACCUUGACCGAGAGCGCCACAAACGCGUGCGCCAGCUCAUCAUUGCGUGCAUCCUCGCAACCGACAUGUCCAAGCAUUUCGAGAAGUGCAAGGUCCUCGAGGGCCUUACGCGUCGACAACUCAGCGACAAACGUCCCGUCUUGAUGGGCAUCCUCAUGCAUGCCGCCGACUUGUCGCAUUACGCGCUGCCGUUUGCUCAGGCACAGGAGUGGGGUGCCCGCUUGCUUGAUGAAUUCCAAAACCAAGCCGCGGCUGAAACAGAGCACGGCGUCCCCACCGACUUCUACAUGAGAAAUUUGGACAACAAGCGCGUUCGGAUCACGGUCCAGCUAAACUUCAUCAACUAUGUGGUUCGCCCAAUUUGGCUCCCCCUGACUUCGCUCUGCCAUCACCUACGGGUAAGCUUUGUAUGUUUCUUUGUCGUCUGCCACCCUUGGUCAUUUACUGCUACUUUUUUGCAGUUCUACACAGACUCGUUGGAGCGGAACUACGAAAUGUACAGGCUGCAACUCGACAAGGACAAGGACAAGGACAAGGACAAGGACAAGGACAAGGACAAGGACAAGAGCGUUGGGGUCGUGUCAGCAAGUCCUUCGACAGCUACGCUCCCAGGUGCACCGACUAGAAGCGUUUUGUCCUCUCCACGCAACGUCCACAGCUCCACUUAG